AUGGAUGAACAUGGAGGCAGCCCAACAAACGAAGAAAACAAGCAAAAGGUGGAGUUUACUUACAGCGUGGACUCAAAGAAUGAGAAUGAAGAGACAACAGAGGAGACUGAGGACAAUCUGGAUAUGCUGGUGCCUCAUGAAGUGCCAACAGGAGUUCUGACUGUACAUAUAAAGGAUUGCAAAGUGUUUCCAAACAUCUACUUUCAGUUUUUUCUCAGGAUAUCUGUUGGUGGAAAGGAAAAGUGCACCAAGCUUCAAAGCAACAAAGAUGCCAGAGGAGGCAAAGCAGAUUUCUCACUUUGCUUUGAUGAGUGGAAAUACUUCUCCAUCCAGAUACCUGAGCAGAAUUCCAGUGCAGUGAAUCCCAAUCAAAUCAUGGUGGAGCUUCUUUUCUUUGAGCCAGCAGCAAGAGAUCAUAAACCAAUGGGCAGUGCUUUCUUCAAUGUGUUGAAAGUUCUCAAUGAAUCCAUUGUCACUCACCAGUUUAAUGUGAUGCUCAAUAAGCAGGUUGUUUGCAAGUUAGAUGUUGAGAUGGCCAUAACAUAUGGGUCAUUUGGUUAUGGACACUCUCAUCAGGUGAAGCAUCCUGAAAGGACUGUAGAGGAACAAGUGGAAAAAUCACUUUUUCCCCGGUGUCCUUCACCUGACUACCUCCAAGAUCCUGACUAUAAUGAAAAAACCACUCAGUCAGACAUUAUUUCUCAUUUGAUUCAAAGAGACAGCGAAGGAGGCAGAGAUCCCAGCGAUCUUAUGAACCAAAUAGAGAAGAGAGGCAGGUGA